UUUGGUUGUUCGUGUUGUCAAAUUGGUUUGUUGAUUGUUGAUGAACAGGUAAAUCAACAUUACUUGAUGUUUGGGUCUUAAUCUUUUCUCAUCUCAUGUAAUAUCAACAUUUUCACCUUUUUCUCCCUCAUCAUGUUGAUUAUCUUCUUCACAUUCAUGUUGUAAUUGUUGAGAAAACAUGACCGUUAUAUGAAACAAAAAUUCAUCUUCAUUUACUUUAUUGUUACAUUUUCUUUGUGCCAUAAAUAACAUAUAAAUUGUUAUUUACUCUACAUUCUCAAUUAAGAGUUUAAAGUAAAUUCCAUGUUGAUAAUUUGUUCAAUUUUCGUCAAACACUUUUUCUAAAUGAGAGUUUAAAAGUAACAAAUCAAUAACUAAUAAGAAACCGAAUUAAUCAAUUAUGUGAGACUGUUUUUUUUGUUCUCAAUCUCAUCAACAUUUUUCCCGAUUUUCUAUUCUAUUUAUCCAGUGAGUCUAUUUUCUAUUUUUGUUUGUGUCUUAUUCUCCUGGCAAUUCAAUUGAUUUGUUUAUCGCAAUUCUAACAUCGACAAAUUGUGUGUGUGUCUUCAUUUACCAUUUAGAUCCAAGUGUUUUGUCCUUUCCAAUAAUCGAUCCACUUUUACUCAUUGGAAGAAAUAAUUUGGUUCCUAUUCUAAUUUUAAUCCAUCUACUUGACUGCGCACAAAAAUAUUCCAGUGAACAUUAAUCUCAUCUUUUUCAUCUCUAAUUCCAUCUCUUUGUUCCCAAUAUAAUCUUCACCAGUUUUCUAACAUAAUGUCCUCCGUGUUGACAGAGAAUAUCGUUCUUAGUCGAACCCGAUCUCACGAUUUGCGACAUGUGAAAAAACUUAAUUGCUGGGGAAGCGAAUUAUCUGACGUCUCGAUUGUCCAACAAAUGCCAAACGUUGAAGUUUUAUCUUUAUCGAUAAAUAACAUCGCCAGUCUACAGGAUUUUAGUCAAUGUAAAAACCUUCAAGAAUUAUACUUACGGAAGAACAAAAUCUCCGACAUAAAUGAGAUCUAUUAUCUUCAAGAUCUUUCUAAUUUGAAGAAAUUAACUCUCGAGGAUAAUCCAUGUAAUCAACAAGCCAAUUACCGUUACACCAUAUUGAAAGCUCUUCCUCAAUUAGAGAUAUUAGAUAAUGCUAAUGUUACAACCGAAGAACUUGCCAAAGCUCAAACAUUGGGUGAAGAUAUUUAUGAUCCAUCUUCCGAACAGCCAAGUUACCCUCCAAUUAAUGGACAUUCACAUCAAAAAUUGACCAUCCAACAAAAACAACAACAACAACAACAGUUGCCAGAUGAUGAAGAUUAUGAGAUUUAUGAUGAAGACGUUGAACUUUCCAGGGAAGAAAGUGUAACCUACAGGGAGAAAGACGAUGGAUCUUGUACUUUAGUUCAGGAUAAUUGUAAACCCUUAAGUUCAACACCUCAGAAUGGAUCAAAUUCAACAAUCUCUUCAUUGGAUAAUAAUAAUAUCCGCAAUAAACAUCAAGGAUCAACCCAACAAUUGCAUCAAACAAAUCAACCUAACCAACAACAACAACAACAACAAUCACCACCACAACCGUCACAAGGAAAUGGUCUUGAUCAUCCUGUUAAUCCUCCACAACAACAACAAGUUACUCAACAACACUCACAGUCCCAAGCUCAAUUACAGCAGCGUUACAGUUUACAAGAGAUUAGUCCAGAUAAUUGGAAUCCAAAAGAUUCAAAACAAGUUCAACCUAAUCUAACAACAUCUACAUCUUCAACCAUGUUAAGGUCACAAAGCGUCAGUGAUUACAAUAUAUUCAAUGGUUCCAACAAUUGUAACAACUCAACGACCCAUUGUCGUUCAACCAUAGACGCUAAAAGUUGUAUCUCAGAUCAGACUCAUGAUAUUUACCAGUAUCACAAUGAAAAUGGUUCCGGAAAUGAACGUUAUUCACCCUUAUCUUCCCAUGGAGGUAAUGGAAGCGGAGGAGGAUCUGGUAGCUGUGGAAGUAGUGGAGGAAGUGGAAAUGGGAGUGGCGCUGGUCGACGAUAUGGUUACCAGUCAAUUCAAUCAAUAUCAAGUCAACAAAAGCCUCUAUCUAAAGGCGGUCGAAACAGGGUAAGUCGCUAUCAAAUUGUGUCAAAGAAUGCCAACAUAUUAUCUGCUGUAUUAUGUCUCAUCAAAGAGCUUGAUUAUGCAAGUUUAGAGGUUGUUGAGACAGCGAUUCAUUGUCGUAUGGAAGAGAUGGAAGAUUAAAUGGAGAAAAGAAGCAACAAAGAAAACAAAAAGAAAACAAAAAAAUCAGAAAGUGAAAAAAACGUAAAAGAAAAGAGGAUAAUAAGCCAUGAAAAGGAGAAACAAGCAAAGACAUUUAAACUUGUAGGAAAAUCAGCAUCAUGAUCAUAAUCUCUAUCACUAACAUGAUCUUCAUCAACUACAUUCCAUUCAGCUCUUGUCAUCGACUUUGAUUUAAAGAGAUACUCUUAUAAUUACUCUGUGAUUAUAAAGAUGAGCCACACAACUGACCAAACCUGUUGAAGAUUGAUUUUCAUCAUCUUUUAUCUUCAUCACCAUCACCAUCCUACAUGAUCGAUUAAUAAUAAUCUCUCUUCCAUCCAAAUCCAUGAACGGAAAACAAAGUCAAAGAAAACAACUUCUCAUUUCCGGACGAUACCUUUGUUAUCGAGAAUUGGAAAGCUAACUGGUCACGUUGAUACUCCAGCGAAAUCAGUGUUUAGAGUGAUGUGUUAAAGUUAAUGAAAUGAUUAAGAUUCAGUUAAAGACCAAGAUGAAUGAUGAAAAGAUUAAUCCAACAAAGCAAAAAGGGACUUCCCACCCAUAGGGCUUGAGGCUAAAGAGCAACAAACAAUAAUACAAUGUAGAAUUGACGUUUCCGCUGUUUCCACCCAGGCAACUCAUUGAUGACCUCAAAUUUUGCAAAACAAAGUAACAUGAUUCAAAUUCUGAAAGCUACUCAACAAGAUCAUCAUUAUGGCAACUCUAUUAAUUACCGUUAGAAUGAUCAUUUCCCGAUAAACAGUAAAUAUCCAUUUGUUAACUUGAUCAUUAAGUUUUCAAGGAAAUAAAAAAAUAGCAUCAUAAUUACUAAUCGCUGAGAGGAACAAAUAAAACAAAAAUUGUGGCAAAAGUGGUUCUGUUUCAUGGUAAACACAAAUAUCAACCAAGAAGAUAAAUAGAUUGAGAACCAAAAGAAGCUGAUUAAACAUGAAGUGAUGAACUGAACCUGUGGCGAAUCAAUUCUGGAAGCUUAUUAAGAAAUGGGCCCCACCUUUAAUUUACCUUUUUCUAUUCUCUCUCAUCUUCAUUCAACUAACCUUGUGAAACAGGAUUUUGAACCGAAAACCAAAAAAAAACUGAAUAAUUCAAUUCUCUCUUCCUGUUCAUCAUAACUAAAAAUUCAACUGCC